AUGGGAGUGCCAUAUACCUAUUCGGCACUUGGUGUAAGCACAGCACAGCACAGCACAGCACCUCAAGACAUACCAGGACACCCAACUCAACAAUGGCAACCCCAAUCCAGCAAAACCUCAUUGACUCCAACAAGACCUACGCCUCCACCUUCACCAGCGGGCACCUCGCCCUCCCUCCCGCCAAGAAAUACGCCAUCUGCACUAACCUGCAUGGACGCACGCAUCGACCCCGCAGCCGCCUAUGGCAUCCCGCUCGGCGACGCGCACAUAAUCCGCAACGCGGGCGCCUCGGCCAAAGACGCGCUGCGCUCGCUCAUCAUCUCCGAGCAGCUGCUCGGCACGCAGGAGAUCCUGCUCCUCAAGCAUACGGGUUGUGGGAUGCUGACCUUUGGGAAUGAGGACGCCGUGGGGCUCGUGAGGGGGAACUUGGGGGAUGCGGGCGUGGAUGAGUUGGCGGCUUUUGGGGGUGAUUUUUUACCGUUUGCUGACUUGGAGACUGCUGUUAGGAAAGAUGUUGAGUAUCUGAAGCAGAAUAAGGCUAUUCCAGACAGCGUCGCGAUUUCGGGCUGGGUGUACCAGGUUGAGGAUGGGAAAGUUAAGCAUAUCAUUUAA